AUGGAUUUUUUUAGAAAACUAAGUAUACUUGUUCUUUUUUGUCUUAUAACAAUUUCCUCUGAAAUAAUUCACACAAGUGGUGAUCAGCAAAAUGUUCUAGACAAUCAAAAAGAACAAUCUCCUACACAAAUGCUAGAAGAAGCUUAUUCUAUGCUUCUUACAUCUACAUUACGUUCUUUGGAUGUGGCUAAGUCCUAUAUUAAUCAACUUCAACUUAAGUAUUUUCCUCCAAAUGUAGAUUUUAGGAGCAAGGAUGAUGGCAGUGUUAAUGGAGGUGCUGGAGAGAGGAUAAUGGAGGCUACUCAGAAGAGCUUUGAGAAGACCAAAGAGACGGUAGAAGGAUCCGCCAGAUCUGCGGCCAAGGCAGUGGAGCAGAAAGUGCAUAAAACAGCUGAGAAAGUGAAGGAUACCAUGUCUGCAGGACACAAAACAGAUGAGAAAAUUGAGGACACUGUGCCUUCUGGACAUGAUGAACUCUGA